AUGGAGCGAGCAGAGGCAAUAUGUUAUCCUGUUAUUGCAGCCAUCGGCAUCCCAGUUAACCUGGUGGCGAUCGUGAUACUCAGCCGAGGAAAGUGUGGCCUCUCCAGGGGAAUCACUCAGUAUCUGGUGGCGAUGGCAGUGGCUGAUCUAAUGGUCGUGAUCACCGAAGUCCUGUUCUUCCAGAUAGUUGACGCCUAUCAUCUACACUGGCUUUGGCUUUCCCAUCCGUUCUGUUUAGUCCACUUCGUCCUGUGUUACAUGGCUAUUGAUUGUUCCGUGUGGCUAACGGUGGCGUUCACUUUCGAUCGCUUUGUGGCUAUUUGCUGGCCGAGUAUUCAAUCUAAAUAUUGCAACCCGAAAAUUGCAGGAUUGGUGGCCGGCACAAUAUGUGUGGCUUUCUGUAUAAUGAAUGUCCCAUAUUACUUCGUGCAUGAAGUAAAAGUCAUUACUCUUCUAGGAGAUAAAUGGUCGGUGUGCAGUUUCAAGGGUGGCUUUCAGAUACACGCAGAGUAUGAGUGGUUUUUCUGGGUAGACCGUCUGUUGAAUCCAUUGCUCCCUUUCUUCCUCAUUUUGUUCCUCAACAUACUGACAGUCCGGCAGAUCCUGGCGUCGAGCCGAAUCCGCCAGGGGCUCAAGGGACAUAGAAAUAGCGAGAAGCAGCACGAUCCGGAGAUUAAGAGCCGGAGACAGUCCAUCGUUCUGCUCUUCUCGCUGUCGGCGAGUUUCCUCAUCUGCUGGGGGACAACCACGUUGGUCUUCAUUUUGCUGCGGUGCCUCUACACGGACCUGGAAACGUCCAUCCGACUGUGGAAGGCGCAGCAAGCGGGGACACUGAUUCAGCUUUUCAGCUGCUGCACAAACACUUUCAUUUACGGGGUGACGCAGACCAAAUUCAGGGAGCAGCUGAAGACCGCAGCGCUGUGGCCCAUUAACAUCCUUGUUAGAAUGGUAAAAAUCUUCGAGUCUCGUCAACUGCUCAUGAUGCGAAGGUUUACAAGUUCCUCAGAUCCCGAGUGCGAUAUCGCCUGA